AUGCCUCGCCGCAUGGCGUGCUCCCAGCGGGGAGCGUCAUCGGGCAAAAAUGACGGGCGAGGAAGUGAUCAAAGACUUGUAACUUCUUCUACAUCAUCUGUCGGACCUUCGGGCGGACUUAUGUCGCCAACUGGCUGGGACAGUCAUGACGGCGAUGACAAGAUCAACUAUACUGUCGAUGAGACUGCCGCAGGCGAGCGCAGCAUUGGCAGUCGGGACGAUGAACUUCUCGAUAUUACGAGGCCAUUUCCGGAUCUGCCUGCACAGCCUGACGAGCCGGCACGGUUCACGAUACGAGCAGUAGUUGUGGGAACGGUGCUGGGUGCUGUGGUGUCUGCCAGUAACAUGUAUCUGUGUCUCAAGACUGGCUGGACUUUUGGCGCUUCGCUGUUCGGAGCGAUCCUUGGCUUUGCCAUCCUGAAGCCGACGAGCAACUUUUUACCCAAAUUCUUGGGUGGAGGGUACUUUGGACCUCGCGAGAACGUUGCUGUUCAAUCUGUAGCCACUGGAGCCGGAAGACUUUCAGUAUUGUUCGAAGGAGCUAUUCCCGCAUUGUAUAGGCUUGGACUUCUCUCGCCUACGCCGAAGGAAGACUUCUGGAGACUGAUCACCUUCACUGCAGUAUGCGCAUUCUACGGCUGCUUCUUCGGAGUCGCGCUGCGAAAAUUCUACAUCAUCCGUCUAAAGGGCAUCUUCCCGACACCGACUGCCACAGCAGUCACGAUACGGAGCUUACAUGCCGCAGGAUUGGCUGGUGAUGCGAUGCGCAAGGCGAAAGUCCUGGUGAGCACAUUUGCUGCUUCCUGUGUUUUCAAAGCUAUCAGCAUAUAUGCGCCUGGGGUCUUGUGGGACUGGAACAUUGCUUGGUGGAUCUACAAGACGACACGCUGGAAGAGCAUCAUUGCAGCAAGCAAUCGGGGCUGGUAUAUCGAACUCACACCGGCAUUCUUCGGAGUUGGCAUGCUCACUGGACUGAACGUUGGACUGAGCUACUUGGCUGGAGCGAUCGUUUCUUGGGGCAUCAUUGGACCUGCUACAGAUCACACAGGACUGACAGUCGGAAGUCCAUCGAAGGGCACCCCUGACAUCAUCAGCUAUAAAUCACUUGAUCUCGAAGAUCCCUUCAACAAACCCUCUGCGCGAUACUUCUUGCUCUGGCCAGGCCUCAUGAUCCUCAUGUGCGCCACUUUCACAGAGGUGGCCAUGAACGGCCCUGCAUUGUACAAAGGACUCAAGCUACUAGUAGCGGACAACAUGAAGAGACUCCCGACCUCACAGCACUUCGCAAGAGCCAAGGACAGAGCCGAUGCCUUCCUCCUACGCGAAGAUCAUGAAGACGAUGACCCUGCACCACAGCACGAACGAGUCCCGAGAUGGAUGUGGGCUUCAGGCGUCACGCUCGUCAUUGUCUGCACAUGUCUAGUACUCGGACUGCAGUACGACAUGAACGUUGGCCUCUCAGUUCUAGCAGUUGUGCUCGGCUUCCUAUUCUCCUGCAUCGCGACCCAAUCCGCUGCCUCAGCCGAUAUAGCACCGGCGUCAUACUGUGGCAAAGCAUCACAGCUCGUCUUCGGUGGCGUGACCUCUCCAGGUCACUACUCCCUCCACGACAAACAACUCAUCAAUCUCGUAGGCGGUAUUGUGGCAACCGGUGCCGCAGCACAAAGCACAGACAUGGUGUCGGAUCUGCGCACAGGAUAUCUCCUCGGAGCUUCUCACCGAGCACAAUUCUACGGGCAGAUCAUUGGCAGUUUUGUUGCGGUCUGGCUGAGCGUGGGUCUCUUCCUACUCUUCACAUCAGCAUACCCAUGCAUUCUGGACGCCUCCAUCACCGAUUGUUCUUUCAGCACACCCGCACUGGGCGCGUGGGUAGCCGUCGCUCAAGCCAUCUCCCUCUCAAGCUUACCCAUCCCAUCCGUGAGCGGUUACCUUGCCAUCGCAUUCGGAGUCCUGGCCAUCUUCGUGGUCUAUGCAAGAUACAAGCUGGUCCCUGCUCGAUGGCAGAAAUUCAUCCCGAACCUCUCUGUAUUUGGUCUGGCAUUCAUGGUUCCGACGACUCAGUAUGCUAUUGCUAUGGCUGCUGGAGCAAUGGUCACUUGCGUCUGGAGCUGGAAAUUUAAAGCUUCCUACGGACGCAAUGGGUAUGCUGUUCCUGCUGGUCUCAUAGCAGGUGAGGGGAUCGGUGGCCUUAUUGCUGCACUGCUGGAGAUUACGAAUGUUGGUGGCUCGACGUAUGGUAGUGCUGUUGGGUGUGUUGGUGAUACUUACUGUGGCUGA